GUUACACGUUUUGGGACGAGGCUUGACUGUUUAUAUUAUAUUAAUAUUAUUUAUAUUUGGGGAGAAACGAGCAGAAAACGUGUUGCGAGGCGAAUGACACGAAAUGAUCUCUGUUCCUGCAGUGUAGUAUAACAAAAAAACGCCUGUGCUGCCUUCAUCUCCCAUCAGUAGACGGAGGAAAUUUAAGUAAAAACUAGGCUGUAUAAAUUUAGCGUUUUGAUUUUUUUUAUCAUCCACUGAUAGCUGACUGGCUCAAGGAUGGCAGGAAGCCCCGGCCAUGAACAAGAUGAAGAGGGCUUCAGGGAUCAAAUGGUUCGUUUCCACAGCUACCUCCACGGAGGGACCUCCAGCUUGUUAUCCACCAUCCCCACCCUCAUCGUCUUCCCUGUCUACAAAACUGUUUUCCGUCAACAAAUCCACAACACCCCGGUUCACCAGGCAGUGGGACAGCUCCUCAAAGAGGGACCUGUGAAGCUCUACAGGGGCGUGGCCCCACCAUUACUGAUGAGGACCCUGAAUGGCACGCUGCUCUUUGGCCUCCAAGACACCCUCCUCCGUCAGCUCUCCCUGUCAUCCCAGAAUGUCAUCUACACCUCUGCCUUGCCUGCUCUGGCUGGGUUUGGUGCAGGUAUGGUGGAAGCUGUGGUUUUUACCCCCUUUGAGCGCAUCCAAAAUGUGUUGCAAAACAGCCAAAAUGACCGCCACCUACCCACCAUGAAGAGUGUUCUUGUGAGUCUGAAGACACAUAGGCCGGCCUUAGGGUACUACAGAGCCUUUCUGCCAAUCACGGCCCGCAAUGCUCUUGGCAGCUCCCUCUACUUUGGCCUGAAGGGGCCGGUGUGUGCUGUCGUGGAGGCACAGGGGCUUUCUCCAGUGGUUUCCUCCUUCGUCUCGGGGACACUGACCUCCAUGGCCAUCAGCAUGACUCUUUACCCUCUGUCCGUGCUAGUGGCUAACAUGCAGGCAAAAGUGGGAGGGGAGGUGAAAGGGGUCAUGGCUUGUUGGAGGAUGCUGUGGGAAUCUCGGCAGCGGAGUGUUGCUCUGCUGUACAGAGGAGGCUCACUGGUUGUUUUGAGAUCAUGCAUUACAUGGGGAAUCACCACUGCUAUCUACGACUGGCAGCAGAAAGGUUCAGGCUGAAAAACAUCAUUUAAAAAUUGUUUUACAGUUUGUAUUGGCUAUAAGGUACAAAAAAAAGUUUUUUAUGUUCUGAAAAUAUUUUUUGAAACUAUUAAUGUGAAAUUCAAGUGCAGCCACAAGGAUAUGAUCCAUCACCUGGUUCAUAUCAACAAUCACGACCAAUGUAUCAGAAUUCACAAGCAAGUUCAAGUCACCACUACCAGGAAGUAUUUAUCAUAUAAUGAUUGAUAAUAUAAAUAUGGUGUUGGUGAAUCAGGUGCCUUUUAUUUUUACUGUCUUAAUGGAGAAUUUUACCAGUUUAACUCAUCAAAGUCAGUUAACUCAUCAUACUCAGGUUAUCAACAGCUACUUUGCAUAUUUGCUAUUUGCUGGUAUUUGUAUAAAGAAGAAAUAUCAGGAAAUUACAGGAAAGAAAUGGGGAACAAAUGACGUCCAACAAAGAUCACCUGCCAGUCCAACAGGAUGCCCAUUGAGUUAUCUUAACUCUGAUGAUCUUUCAGGGUGAUCUCGGUUUGGAGACUACUAUUUAAAGCAGAAGCCCUGCAACACACAUUUACCAGCUAGGAAACAAUAUUGGUUUCAACAUGGAAAAAAAGUAGGAUCCUUAAUUUUUCAGGCUGGAGCCGUAUAAGUCACUAAAGGUCAGGAUAUCAGCCUUUGCUGCCUUGAUCUUGACCACCUGUCUCUGUUGGAGUGCAAUACUAAAGCACUGUCAUUUCCCUUUAAGUGCAUAAAGGGAGAUGGAUCCAUGUUUAUGGUGUAUUGUCAAGACAUUAUUUAAUUUUCUGUAUGACAUAAAUAUUCCAUGUGAGUUAAAGGACUGGAAAAAAUAAUAUAGGCCUCAGUGUACACACUCUCUGUGUGGAGUUUGUAUGUCCUCCCCAUGUCUGCAUGGGGGUCCAUAGACAUACAGGUUAUGUGAGUUGGAAACUAAAUGGCUAAAUAGCACUGGAAUACAUUGUCAACUCAUCAAGGGUGAUGUGGGCAAGCUCCAGUGCCCUGCCAUAAGCCAAUGGAUGGAAUAAAUAAGUGUUUUCACAAUGUAGCCCUUAAAAAAAACGGUAUCUAUGUGACUGUGAAAUAAAAAAAAAUGUCAACAACCUGUCUGUAACCUCCAAGUAAACAUGUGAACAGGGAGUAGCAUUAUAAUAAUACUUAUUAUUGAAGUAUACAGACGUUUUCCC